AUGGGUAAAGUUCAGCCUUCAAUUAGUAAGUUCUUUCAACCCAAGAAGAGCUCCGAAAAGGAGGGCUCGUCACCGCUUUCAAACAUAUCGAUAGACCUAACUGAAGAGUAUAUUUCGGAUGUAACGCGUGAGUCUCCAAUGAAGAGGAAACGGAGUGAUCUUGAACAAAAUGGGAACGAGCAAGGAGGAAGCAUAAUACGAAAGGCUCGAGAGAAAUUGAUGUCUGAGUAUGGAGCAAAACCUCCAAGCGAAAUUUCGCUGGGUAGCAAUAAAAAAUUGAAGUCUAUUGGAUCUUCAACUGUAGCAAAGCAGCAAGAACUGCCGGUUCUGUCAAACGAAUCACCGGAAACCAAUGAGCCUGAUUUACUUGAAAUUGAAGAUGUAGAAAGUUACGUAGAUAGAGCAACGCCGGAGGCAUCGUCCCCACCCCAGCCACAUGUACGCUCGAAGCGUACAAAAGCUGCUAAGACUAAACCUGCAAACGCUUCAUCAGCUGCCAUAGUAAGUAAGUUAACUCCGCUUGAAAAACAAGUGUAUGAAUUUAAAAUGGAAAAUACCGAUAAGAUACUUGCCAUACAAGUGGGUUAUAAGUUCAAAUUCUUUGGUCCAGAUGCAGUGAUCGUGGCUAGGAUCCUUAAUAUCAUGCUAGUCCCUGGCAAAAUCAGACUUGAUCAGCCUGAUUCCCAGUACGAUCGAAUUGCCUAUUGUUCUAUUCCUGAUAACAGACUUCACAUACACCUCCAAAGGAUACUUAGCCAUGGCCACAAAGUUGGAGUCAUAAAGCAAACAGAAACCGCUGCAGUCAAGUCUGUAGAUGGGAACAAGAAUUCCUUGUUCGAGAGGAAAAUCACAGCCAUCUACACCAAAGCAACCUAUAUGGAUGACGAGUUGUUGGCUAUUGGUAAUAUAGAAGGAAGUAAUUCUUCACUCUCUCUGUCGGAGCGGGGAAAGUAUAUAUUCUGUAUUGAUGAACUGAGUCCAGAUACCUUAUCAUUCGUUGCAGUGCUGCCUGCAACAGGUGAGAUUGUCUACGAGACUUUCCAAGACGACAAUUCCAAAAGUGAAUUGGAAACAAGACUCUCAUAUUUAUCACCUAGCGAAAUUUUGGUAGUGUCAAAUGAUGGUGAGCUUACGAAAGAAGUGAGCAAAGUUUUGAAAGUAACGAGCCAACUGAGCAACAGCAAGAUAACCAGCUUAAAAAGAAGAGAAAGCUACAAAAUUGCAAACGAAUUGACAGAAUUCUUUAAAGAGAAUUUGAAAUUGACUGAAUACUAUACGACGAACUUUGAUCAGAACGUUCAGUCAUGCAUCAUAGAACUUAUAGACUACUUGAAAGAAUUUAAAUUGAGUAACAUAUUCACAAUAAACUCAAGUGAGUAUUGCAACAUUCAGAAGUUCUCAGACACUAAGAGAUAUAUGUUACUACCUUCAAAUACACUACAAUCUCUAGAAAUAUUUGAGAAUUCUUCUCACUCUUCAGACCGACAGAGAGGAUCAUUAGUGUGGAUUUUGAAUCACACGAGAACCAAGCUGGGUGAGAGGCUCCUUCUGAAGUGGAUAUCUAAACCUUUGAUUGAGAAGUCUGCGAUUGAAGAGAGAUUAGACGCUGUCGAGCAUUUAAAGUCAGACUUCUCUCACUUUGUUGAGACAUUUUUGAAGCAGCUAAGUAAGUCUGGUGGACUCGAUUUUGAUAAGUCCUUGACUAAAGUGCAUUACGCAUCUAGUUAUAGAAUGGAUAAGAUCAGUCGAAAGGAAAUCUACCUCUUUCUUAAAUCAAUGUCCGAUUUCCUACAAUUGACAAAUAGUUUUGAAAAUGAAAUCAAGAGUUGGAAGCUGCCAUUAUUAUGUCGUAUAUUUCAAGAUUUAUUGGAUGCGUACCAUUCGAAUAAAAUUCCUGAAUUAUUGAAUAUGAUAAAUGCUUCAGUGGCGAUAGAAGAGACUGAUUUAGCCAAACAGAAGACUCUGUUUUUCAAACACAAGUGGGAUGAAGUUGAAAGAGUAACAACUGAGAUUGAAGAAAUCGAAGACUUGUUGUCAAUAGAGUUGAUGAAUGUGAGGAAAAUCUUGAAGAGACCACAACUUAACUUUGUUACAAAUAUGAAAGAAUCACAUUUGAUAGAAGUACGAAAUGGAAAUAUGGUCAAAAGCUUGCCCUUGAACUGGAUAAAGAUCAAUUCGACUAAAUCAGUCUCCCGGUUUAGAACUCCGGAAAUAUCUAAAUUGCUACUGAGAUUAAAAUACAAAAAUGACAUGCUAGUUGAAGCAUGCGAUAUAGCAUACAACAGAUUUUUAUCUCAAAUUGAUGAUAGCUAUGAUUACUUUGCUAAAAUAGUUCGAGGCAUACUGGAAUUUGAUUGCUUAGCUUCAUUGACAGCUGCAAGUUCUGCAAAUAUAGACUAUGCCAAACCUAUUUUUGUUGACGAGGUAAAAAUUGACGUCAAACAAGGAAGAAAUCCUAUCAUCGAAAGCUUAUCAACGACGUCCAAUUAUAUACCUAAUGACAUAUCGAUGUCGUAUGAUGAUGACAGGUGCUUGGUUAUAACGGGCCCUAACAUGGGAGGUAAAUCUUCUUAUGUAAGGCAAGUUGCGCUUAUAGUGUUGAUGGCUCAGAUUGGGUGUUAUGUUCCUUGUGAGUCUGCAACACUUGGUGUAUUUGAUUCGAUAUUCACGAGGAUGGGUGCACAAGAUAAUAUUAUAAAAGGAGAAUCGACAUUUAUGGUGGAAAUGAUGGAGUGUAGUAAUAUAAUAAAGAACUGCACUCCCAAAUCGUUGGUUCUCCUUGAUGAAAUAGGUAGAGGUACAGGGACUACAGAUGGAAUUUCAAUAGCAUAUGCUAUUUUGGAUUACUUUAUUAAGAAUUGCGGAUGUUUAACAUUAUUUAUAACCCAUUACCCGUCAUUACAUGAAUUUGAGAGCAUGUAUCACAAAUUGGUGAAGAACUAUCAUAUGGGGUUUGUUGAGGUUGAGAACCCCAAUCAGGAGUGGCCAGAUAUAUUAUUCUUGUAUACGUUGGCGAGAGGAGUUGUGACGAACCUGUAUGGGAUCAAUGUUGCAAAGUUGGCUGGAAUCCCAAAGGAAAUCGUGUCAGAAGCUUACAGAAAGUCAAAUGAAUUGAGAGAAGAGAUUGAAAGAAAAGAGGAUAUGGAAUUUGGUAUUCAACUUGCGUACAUAUUGAAGUCUUUGUCCAACGAGAAUAGCGAAGAUACUUUUGACAAGUUAAAGAGACUAAGUCUAAGUUUGUAA